AUGUCGGCUAUUCAAGUACCAUCCCACGAAAUUAUUCUAGUGCAAAGGGAGGAAGAACGCCAGCAGUGCUACGACGUGCGAAUCAAAGUCUUUCACAUCGAACAAAAAUUCCCUCUCGAAACAGAGAUUGAUGACAUGGAGGAUGCAUCUGCACAUUUUCUGCUUCGACUUACACCGUCCCUGGAGCCCAUUGGCACCAUCCGCGCGUACAAAAUCCCAGGCGCGGAUUAUUACAAGUUAAGUCGACUAGCAGUGCUCAAAGAGUACCGCCGGCAUCACUUUGGGCGUGAGCUCGUCCUGUCGCUCCACGAUUGGGUCAAGGGCCAAACUCGGCAAAACGGCACCCUUGAAUCCGUGAAGAUAGUCUCUCACUCGCAAAUACCUGUCAAAGGAUUUUAUGCGAAGUUUGGAUACGAGCCAGUGGGUGCUGAAUUCGACGAGGAUGGUGAUCCGCACCAGAAAAUGGUUAUUUGCAUGCCGUUACAACCGUAA